AUUGUAAAAAAAUAUUUUGCUUUUGUUUGGGACAGUUGAUCAAGCCAUUUUAACAUGUCAUUGCUUUGAGAAAUUGUAAUGGGCAUUUUUCACCAUUUUCUGUAAUUCUGUAGAGGGAACAAUAAUUGUUUUAUCAAAAUCUGGUCGGCAAAUUAAUCGAUGAUGAAAAUAAUCACUAGCUGCUGCCCUAAUGUCUGCAUCAAACACACCAAGAUAAAUCUGCAUUUUGCAUGUGUAAUACUUAUUCUGACCGUAGCUGGGGCCUUCAUGUAACUUAAACUGAACCUCAAGAGGAACCACGUUUAUUAUGAACAUAAGAAGAAGUUGGUGCGUAGACGUAUGCAGAAUAGACAUUUUAGGCCGACAAUCUUUUCAAACACACCGCAGAUUCAGUACAAAACUCACUUGAAAACAAUUAGUUCCACUCCAAAAUACAACAGUUUUGUUCAUAAUGGUGGCUGUAGCCUGGAGGAUACAGCCUGUUACGCAGGCAUUAGUAUUUACCACCACUUCAGUGGUUAAUAUGUAGUUAUAUCCAUCAGAGUAUGGCAUGCACUGGCAGUGCACUGCAUUCCUGAGAUAGCAAGCUACGCCAAAACAGCCAUGGUUGGACAAAAAUGGUCACACUCAAACAAGCUUAAGACACCAUUUUGAAAAUCCACCGAUUUCUAGAUAACAACACCGCGAUGCCAUCUUGCCAAUUAUCACUAGAUUAGCUACCGUUAGCAUGUCUAUUCAACCAUUCCUUAGCACCCCAUGCAAGAAUCUAUACGGGUCACAUAAUACUAACGUUAGCUUAGCUUGUCCGCUAGCCUGAAAAGACAACAGCUAACCCGCCGUAGCAUCCCUGCAUCCCUCGGCACGCGCUGCUCAAAUUGCUAAUUAGCGAGCUAGCUGGAGCAAAGAUUAGCAAAUGACAAAGAAAAACACUCACGAAUUUGCGAAGAUGGAUGAACCUCAAGAGUCGUCCUCCUGUAUCACCAACGCCCACAACUCCUGCAGCAGCAGCCCUCCCAGUAGUAAACCUGGCAGUACUCCACAAUGCAACGGGGUCCCAGAGUGCAGGACCCUGCUGCGGAUGUCUGAGUCACAUGGACUCCAGCUGCUGGGCAUGCUCAGAUCAUUCAGGGAGCAAGGCUUGAUGUUUGACUUCACCAUUAAGGUCCAGGAACACAGUUUUCCCUGCCAUCGCUGUGUCCUUGCAGCAUGCAGUGAUUUCUUCAGGGCCAUGUUUGAGGUGGAUAUGCGAGAGCGAGGUGAUGGUUCAGUGACUCUGGGCAACCAGAGUCCGGUGGCGGUGGGUUCUUUCCUGGACUUUGCCUAUUCUGGAGAGGCACUCAUCACAGAUGGCAAUGUGGACAUGCUGUUUCAGCUUGCCUCUUUUCUGCAGGUGUCAGUCCUGUCCCGAGCGUGCAGCGCCUUCCUGAUAGGAACCAUGGAUCUUUCUAACUGUCUGUCCCUUUUCUCCCUUGCUGAGGCCUACGGCUCGGCCUCCCUCCUCCAAAGUGCCAAUGAGUUUGUGGUUCAGAACUUCUCUGACCUUUCCAAAACACAGGACUUUCUGGAUAUGCAGGCGAAUGUGUUGGAAGCAUGCCUAAGGUCAGAUGCUCUAAACGUGCCCAGUGAGGAGGCUGUGGUGAAGUCACUUCUUAGAUGGAUACGCCAUGAUCUCCCAGGAAGACAAAAGCUGUUGCCGGGCUUGUUAUGUCUAACCAGACUCCACCAUCUACCUGUACCUGCACUAAAGACUCUGCGUGAUUCAGACACUCUCCUCUGCGACGGUGAGUCCUGCCUCGCCCUGCUCUCAGAGGCUCAGAGCAGACAGGAUCAGUACAGUGGCCUGCUCACUGAUGCCAGGCCGGCCACCACGCAGAGCUACAUCUACAUCCACAAGACGGAGGAGAACGGAGAGAUCCGCCACACUUUCUGCUACUGUCUGGAAACAGACCAGUGGAAAGAGCUGGGAACAGGGCACGGAGAGGGGAAAGCCACGAUGCCAGACCCGCCGGGAUCCUGCCUUACCAGCUAUGCUGAGAAGAUGUUUGUAACAGGCGGUUGCCGGGGGAACUGUUGCCGGGCAAUACGUCUCCAUGUGGCCGAGCCGUUCCAUGAUGCCACGGACGAGGUUUGGUGCUUCUGUCCCGUGACCCUAACCUGCACACCUGCACCAGCCAUGCUGAAGCCCAGAACCACGCACACAGCUGUAACCUGCCUGGACCGAGUGUAUGUCAUUGGAGGACGGACCAAGGGAUCCAGAGGGGGAGCUCCCAGUCUGCUGGAGGUGGAGUAUUACAACCCUCUGACCCAGACCUGGUGCUCAGUCAGCCCUCUGCCCACUGCCAUCUUCUACCCUGAGGCCAGUGCUUGUGGCAGUGUUAUCUAUACACUGGGGUCGGAGGUGGAGAUGACAGACUCCUUUAACCCCUCACUGGACUGCUUCUACUGCUACGAUGCCCAGCAGGACCAGUGGAGCCGCCUGGUGGCAGAGUUUGGCCAGUUCUUCCAUGCUACGCUGGUCAAAGCGGUGUCAAUUAAUAAUACACUGCACCUCUGUGACCUGUCCACUUAUAAGGUCUACAGUUUUUGUCCAGAGACCUGUGUGUGGAAGGGUGAAGGGUCAUUUGAGUGUGCUGGGUUCAAUGCUGGAGCAGUCGGUAUGAGAGACAAAAUCUACAUCCUGGGUGGAGACUACUCACCUGACGAGAUCACUGAUGAAGUUCAGGUGUACCACAGUGGGAGGAGUCAAUGGGAGGAAGUGGCUCCCAUGCCCAGAGCGCUCACUGAGUUCCACUGCCAGCUCAUCAGCUUCAACAGAUACAGAGACCCAUGGGGUGAUACAGCCUGAUACACAGCAGACACACACCCACACACGAGUGGGUAUACGUGCGUUACAUGUGUCACUAAUGUAAGCAAGUACCCAUGAGUCUCCUCUGUGCAUGAUGGACAACUGACUGAGCUUACGCCUCAAGAGAGAAUGACAAUCUUCAACUAACACCACCAUCUCUCACAGAUCAUCGUAACACGAGAACCAAAUUAUUUAUUUAUUUUUUUAUUUAAAGAUUUGAUCCUUACCUUUGCUUGUGUGAAGCACCUGCUGUCAUAGGAUCUUUGUUGUGUCGAUCAAAAUGUGGUCCCUCCCAUGGAGGAACCCAAGUGAACAGAAGACUAUUUUAGAAAUCCUAUUUUAGUAACUGAGUAUCUUUUCCUGCUUAGUAUGUUUUAAAAGGAGAAUUCACCCAAAGAAGAACUCAAUUCAAUUCAGUGGGACAUUAUUGGCAUGAAACAGUAUCUGUAAAUUUAUCAGCUCUCCUACAGCUAGAAUAUAGAAAAGAAGACUUUUGUUAUGUAACACUUUUGAGGCUCCAUUUACUGUACAGCCUUCAGGAAGAAUCCACUCUACCUUUCAUGCAUGUGGGGAUUUUGCAGCCUGAAUGGAUCAAAUGAUUUUGUUCUGGCAUUACACAAAACACCUCAUAAGUCACAAGGGGCUCUAUAGGCACUUUGCCAUGUAAGGAAAACUCAUGAGAUAAAUGAAUAGUGGACUGUUUGAAAGUCCUUUCAACUAAAUGUGCUUUAUUUGAUAGUACAUAUAUUAUUUUGUAAUAUUUUCAGAAAAUGGUCCUAUAUGAGGAUCUGGCGCAUAACGUUGUUGGGGCUUUUCCAUAUUAUUUUCCUGAUUUUCCUUUCUUAGUUCUUUUUUCUAGCUGAUGGAGACCUGCUCAUAUAUAUUACACUAUCUAAAACUCAACUAAAAUAUUCAUUCACGUGCAUGGCAAUACUGUGUCUUGGCGGAUUUUCACUUUAAACUACUUGCCUUUAUUCUGCUUCAGACUGUCAUGUAUCCAUGCUUCUGUCAUGAUAUAUAUAGCAAUUCCACAUGUGACCAAGGUAGAUCACCUGAUUAUCUUCAGUAACUGCGUGUUUGAUGGAAAUGUGCAACUUUACCCGUCUAUCACAGAGAAACACUCUGUAGCUUCAAAUAAUGCAAUAACUUAAAGUUUCAGAAACCAGGAGGAGAAAAAUGUGGGCUUCAUGGUGUAAAUCAUGAAUGCAUAAUAUGUUUGUGUAAUGAAACAGGAAAAGAAUCCAACAAAUGAAAGACUGUUUAAUGGCAAGAAGUGAACAUAAACAUAAUGCUUCAUUA